UAUUCAAGUAGCUGACCUCUCCACAAAAAAAAAACUGCCAAUGAGUCGACGACAGUCUCUGGAUCGGCCAGGAAUAUUGUCUCCUCCGGGUCCGUUUCUAACGCCCAGUCCAUCACCAUCGAUCUCAGCUAGUCCACGUUUGCAACCAUCACCGUCAUUAUCACCAUUUCCGCAGGAUGUACUUCUAGUAACGGGUAAUCCAUUAACAAAUGCCACCACGCAUGAACAGGAACGUAAAACGGUUACCCCGGGACGCCGGCAAUCCAUACAUCAAUUUACGAAUGGUAGUCCAAAUGCUGGAACGGUGGUUUUCCAGCCCAGUCCAUCACAAUCGCCUGCCGCAGCCACCAGUGUCAUUGGCAUAACAGCCGGUGCGGGCGGUGGUUUAAAUUUGGUGGGAAAUUUUCAAAAUGCCGUCUCGCAUGUGGCUGCCGCCACUGCAGGAGCAACAACAACGACAACAGGGAAUGAAUUGAACACAACGCUGGUCGGUUCCAAUAAUAUACAAUUAAAUAAGAAGGGCAAUAAACGCCAACAACAACAGCAACAACAACAACAUCACCAAAUAUUUAGUUCCUCGUCCUCCGCUUCUAGCCACUAUACAAACACCACACCGCAUCAAUCCUCAUUAACUUUAUCAUCAUCGACAUCAUCCUCGUCAGCGGCAACACCAUCUUCGGCUUCAUCGAGCAACACUGGGACUAUAGCGGGCGGCUAUGGGCAAUCACAUGCAGCAACGAUCAACAAUACACCGAAUACGUUUGCGCCAACAAAUGUGGCUUGUACGCCAAAAAAUCAAACGAAAAAAGGUGUUAAUAGCGCCACAGCAGCAGCCGCAGCCACUGUUUUGCCCAUCAGCCAACAGCAACAACAAUUUCAACAAUACCAUAGCGGUAGUCCUUUAAUUGCCGAUAGUCCAUCGCCCAGUCCAAGUGGCACAACGAUAACAGCCGCCUCCAUUAAACCACCCACACCACAGCCGGCCAUGCAAAUGCUGCAACAACAAUUCACCAUUGCCAGCAAUGGCAGUGGCGGUCCUGGCACGGGUCCACAACAAACCUUUCAAUUGAUACAAGGACCUCAAGGACAGAUAAUAGCAGCAGCGACCACGUCGGCACCUCAACAACAUCAGCAACAAAGAUUCACCACCACACCGACGGGGAGCUUGAGCAAUUCCUCGUCGUUGACUUUAGCGGGGGGAGCGUCAAAGGGCAACAAAAUGCCUCAACAGAUAUUGCCCAAACCACAGCAGCAGCAUCAGCACACUGCGCACAUGAUGACUAUGGACACACAAUCGAAAACAAAAGGCGGCACAGGAGCCACAAAUCCUACACCGCCACCACCGGUUACCUCUUCUACAUCUUCGUCAAGCAAUAUGUCUCAAGCAUCAUUAACACAGAUCUCACAAUCAGCUCAACCGGGUCAGCCGCAGCAACAACAAAUAAUCCUACCUUCUGGUGCCACAGCUAGUCUCACAACCACCGCCGGCCAGCAGCCAUUGCUGUUGAAUCAAGUGCCCAUGUUGGUGCAACAAAACACACCACAGGGUGUACAACUCAUACUAAGGCCUCCAACGCCCCAAUUGACAGCCACUCCUUCGCUUGUCAUACAAAAUACCAGGCCCCAGCCGCAAUUGCAGCAACAGCAGCCGCAACAGGUCCUGCGAAUAUUGGGUCACAAUGGAGCCACCAUGCAGUUAGCUGCUGCAACGCCAACUUUUAUUGUUUCGUCUCAGCCAAAUUUGAUACAGCAGACCAAUCAUUUGCAGGCCAUAAAGACGCAACCCCAAAAUCCCGCCAUAACUCAAUUAAGCGGUCUCCAUGCCGCUCUCUCUGCAGCUGCGGCAGCGAAUCAGCAGCCUAGAUCUCAGCAAUUUACAACAACAGCGACCACCAUCAAUGGACAUUUGUUGGGCCCUUCGAUGGCAGCUCAACUACAAAAUCUCCAAUUGGCUGCUGCGGCCGCGGCCAAUGGCAAUGGUCUGGCUGCUCAAAUCCAAAUGCCAAAUGGUCUUAGUGCCUCGGCGGCACCCACGCUCCUCUCACAAUUGCCCUCGUCCACGGGUACGGCCCAGUUUCAGCAAAACUCCGCUCAAGGUUUAAUAAAUCUCAAUCAUCUUAGCAAUGCCAAUAUACAACAAAUAGCUGCGGCCGCAGCUGCAGCAGCAGGAGCCACAUUUCAGACGCCGGCCGCACCAACAGCAGGAUCAAGUUCCGCGGGCGGCGCUGGACCACAAUCACAACAAAAUUCAGGUAAUAAUGGUGGAUCAAGCCAUGCAACCAGUGAUCUCUAUGCGACAGCAAGUCUUACACAAUCCUCGCCUGCUCAUGUACCGGUUUCAGUGACGCCCGAGCCUCUUAGACAGCCUACACCAGUUUUGCAGAAUUUGCCGCCGGCCAGUCCGCAACAGGGACAGCCGGGGGCAACAGCUACCAUGCAUGGGGGUAAUGCACAAAUUCAUUUACAAUUAAAUGCUGCAGCCACCAUACAAAUGCAACAGCAACAACAGCAGCAGCAGCAACAACAAAUCCAUCAAUUGCAACAGCAACUGCAACAGACGCAAAACCAAGUACAACAAGCUCAGCAACAGGCGCAAGCGUUGCAUCAACACCAGCAACAGCAACAACAUCAACAGCAACAGCAACAACAUCAACAACUGCAUCAACAUCAUCAGCAAAUCCAACAACAACAGCAGCAACAGGCCCAACCACCAGCACCGGAAAUCAAGAAAAAGGCCAAGCCUAGAAGAAGAAAGCCUGCGGCUUCUACAAAUGCUACAUUGACUUCCUCCUCGUCAUCAUCGUCAUCGGUGAACUCAACACCCGCCGCCAAUGUUAAGCCCUUAACAACCACCGCCAAUAAAACACUCAAUACAGCCACUUCAACUACUUCGGUUUUGGCACCCGCCAUUACCGCCAGUAAUGCUACAACUAAACUGGUUCCUAUGCUCAGUCAGCAACAGCAGUCGGCCAACUUAACCACCGUUCAACAAACUCCUCUGCCACAGCUAGCAGAAACUCAAACGCAUAGACCUAAGUCUCCCUCUCCCCCGCCUCAGAUAACUCGUGCCAGCAAUGGUAAACUGGAUUUGGGCAAUGUCAUGAAGCUCUGUGGCAUUACCGAAGAUGAUGACGAAGACUUUAUGGACACCACUCCCAUGGAGGAAACGCCUCAGGCUAUGCCCGCGUUAAACCACCAUCAGGUUCAUAAUACACCGGAUUUUACGAUAUCCAUACCACAGCCUAAUGGUGGAGCAGAUGCCAUACCCUAUACAUUGUCAAUUCCAGGAGUUACGGCAGCCGGUAAUGCAGAUUCCCUGGAUCAUCAGGGUCAGGAAACUGCUGGUGCUGCCGCUGCUGCAAACAUAGUCAUAAAAAUAGAUCCCAGUGCUGAUGUUUUGGGUAAUGCCUCGUCUGCGGGUAUGGCGGGCACACAACCCUAUUCAAUAACAAUACCACGUCUGCCCUCCCAGGAGGAGAUACAAAAACAAGCCCAGCAACAUUUCAACUCCCAGAGUGGAGGAGGAGGAGCAGGCCCGACAUCCGAACAACAUAUCAAACCGGUGUUUUCCACACAGCCAACCAGUAUAACAUUUAGCAUGCCUCUAAGUUCAACACCAUCUUUGGUGGUUACCUCCUCCUCCAGCUCAUCGGUUGUAAGCAAUAUGUUGGCGGCAGGUGGCAGUGGAAGUGCUGUUAUGCCCAGUCUACACACACAACCCAGCUCUUCGUCCAUCACAGUAUCAGCGGGGCAAACAACAACCACAACCACAGCGGCUGUUAAGCCAAGGAGAAAACCGGCUGCCAAGCGAUCGGCAAAGAAGGCAAGUGAUUCCAACGCCCCCACUACCGGGGCCAAUACCAAUGUCGGCACUGUAUCACCUGCGGCAAGUUCUGCUCCUCUACCAGCACCGCCUUUGGCAGUCAAUGUAUCCACUAGUUCCGUAUCCACCCCACUGCCCACUCCAGCUCUGGUGCCCAGUCAAAUAGGCAACAUACAAAUAUCCCAAAUCGAUAAUCGCCUGGGAUCACAGCAUGGUCCCAUGAUCUCCACCCCCUUGGGGGCUUCAGUGGUUGAAAACAAAAUACAGAUAAUGCCCAUUACAGACAAAAAUAGUCAACAGCCAUCCAUGAACCACCCGCAAACGCUGCAACAGCCGGCACAAGCACAGCUCAUCUUUCAACCUCCAAAUCUUACGGCCCAGAGUCACAACCUGGCAACUUUGGGAGCUCACAAUGGGGCUACCCCGACAAACACAACGAACCUUAUUAGCGAAAAUCCUCCCAGGCAAAUGCAAUUGGUUUCACUGCCCCAACUAUCCAAUUCUUCGGUGGCCUCUAAUAGCUCAGCGAAUUUGGUGAGUCAACCCUCGCUGACGGCUUUACCGCAGGUAAUAAAUCCUUCACACCCCAUGUCCACCACUACAAAUGUUGUGGUGACAACUUCUCAACCCUCUUUGCUUCAGCAUCAGCAACCCCAUCAAAGCUCUUCGGUUAUACCGGGCAUUGUGUCUUCGGGUAAUGUCUCCAUAUCAGUGGGCACACCAAAUACCAUAGCUUCGUUGAUACCUCAGCUUACGGGAAGUUUAACUUUGGCGGUUUCAGAACAAUGUGAACGCUUGAUUUUACGCCACGACCCAAACAAGCCUCAAGAUCAGCAAUCCCAAUUGAUAUUGCAGGCCUUGCUAAAGGGAGCCCUACCCAAUGUAACCAUAAUCAAUGAGCCCACAAAAAUGGAGGCGCAACAGCAGCAGCAACCACCACCGCCAAAUGUGGUGCAGCAAACAAACAGUAAUGCUCAAGCUCCGCCAUCUACGCUCACAACUGCGCCGCCACAGAACUCAACGGCAAGCAAUAAGAGCACGAAGAAAAACAACAACAAACAACAGCAGAGUGGAACGUAUACGUCGAACACAAACCAGGCCAGUGGCGAAUUAGGCAAACCAGGGCUCACCUCUACAACUUUAGCGAAGCCCAUGGAAAACCCCAAUAUGUCUAACAAUAUGGGAUUGUCGUCUACGUCUCAACCUCCCCCACCAAUGGCUCCGGUGGAGAAUUUAUCUCAGCAGCGUUAUAUAGCUUUGCCCAGAAUAGAUCCCUCCACACAGCAAUUGUUCUGUUUGAACACUCUGAACAACCAGAUAACACCCAUAGGGGCUAAUCAGACAACAGCGUCCAUAGGGCCUACAGAACGCGUUCUCAUAGCUCCGGCUGGCAUAAAUGCUCAACAGUUGGCUCAGUGCUUGCAACAGGGGCAAAUACAUUUCAACGAUGCCAAUCCCCUGCCACCGCAAACACAAGCAUCUGCUCCACCUCCGCCCCCACCAGUGCUAAGUACCCCACAAUUGCAACCGGUUCAGCCCAUGGUACCACAACAAGCACCAAAGCAACAAAUUGUUUAUCCCAUGACCUCAGCCUCAAAUAAUCCUGCCAAUAUGAUAUCCACCACAACGGUAAGUGCCAAUACCACCACCACCAGUACAAUGGCACAGUCAUCGUCUACAACCACAACCACUACGACGACCACCACUACCAAGCAGGUGGCAAAUGUGGCCCCCAUUAUAGAUCAAUCGAAGGCCAAGCAGGACAGCAAGCUGGUGAAUUCCAAUACCGCCUCCAAUGCUGGCUCAACGGGCGCGGUACCCAAAAAGAAGCCGGUAAGAAAGCCCAAAGCUUCGACCACUACAGCGGCAGAUGUGGCCCUUAUGAAAAAUGCCUCAGUGGUAAAGCCUUUGCCCAAAUUGGACCCUCUCUCGCAAAAGCCCCACAAUAACCCAGUGCAAAUAGUGCAACCCAAUACGGCCAGUGGCAAGCCGGUGGUAUCCACUUCCACCACCAGCACUACAACUUCCACAUCGAAUGUGGUGAGCAUACAGCCCUUCCAGACCCAAACCUCUACAGGGACAAAGUUGGUGGGUGUUACCGCACCCAUGCAACAACAGCCUCAGCCUCAGCCUCAGAAUGCCAAUAUGUUGAUGCCUCAGAACAGACCUACAGCUGGCCAGAUUAGCAAUAGCUUCACCAUAAACUUUUCUUCGGCCACAACAACACAAAGCAACUCUAACCCACCUGGAAUUACUUCGUUUGCUGCCAACCACCCACCGCAGCAGCAGCAGCAACAGCCGCCAACGCCUAACAGCAACACACUGAUGAAUGGCCACCAAAUGGCAGCGGCUGCGGGAACAACUAACCCCAUCAGCUCAGGGAAUAUUGUGGCGGCCACCGCCUUGAAUCAGCAACAACCCCAACAUACGGUUUCACGCGUACAAACUAUACAACUAACACAUCAGCAACAGCAAAUGUUCAGACAGGUCCAAAUGCAAAUUCAAUAUCUGACCGUCAAGAUGCAGCAUAAGAAUCUGCUCUCCUCUAUGCCUUUGCCCGCCGAUUUGGAUCCAAAUGUUGUGGCUGCCUUUAACAAGUCGAUGACAGAUAUGGAAAUCAAUCAGGCCUUGCAACGUUUGUUUUUGGAACAACAUCGUAUAUUGGCGGCAGGCAAGGAGAUACCCACACCGGAGCAGUUUAUAACAAAUGCUGCGGCGAAUAAUGCGGCAUCUACCACAACGACCAGCUUUAAUUUAAUACCCAGUCAGGCUCAGACGAAUUGCAAUAGUGGAGUUGCCGAUAAUGGCAAGAUUGCUCCAAGUUCCAAUAUACCCGCAAAUGUGGUGCAGCCCAAUAAUCAUUCGGCUAAUAAUGGGGGAGCAGGAUCAACGGCACCGCCUUUGGUAUCUCCUGCUGGAAAUGUCAAUAAUCAACAGCAAGGGGCGCAACCUACCCAAAAGAUCCACAUUUAUCCCAUACAACAUCAACAACAACAACAACAGCAGCAACAACAACAACACAGUAAAGGUAAAAUGCAAAAGCAGAACCAACUAAAUCAGCAACAACAACAGCAGCUGCAAACGAACCAACAAUCCAUACAACAACAGCAGCAACAAAUGUUGCAACAAUCGUUGAGCAACACCAAUAGCUCCAAAUCAAGUAACAGUGCUACAAUAACCUCCUCAUCAUCAUCCUCCUCCAGCACGGCCAACACCACCAAUACCAACAGUCUGAUGGCCAAUAAAACUAAAAACAAUUCAACAACAAAUACCACAUCGACCACUGCAGGAGGCUUAAUGCUGCAACAACAACAACAACAGCAGCAGCAACAGCAAGUCUCACAAAAUCUACCACCCACCUUAAUCAGUAGUCCCCAAUUGCCUCAACUGUCCUCGCUGUCAUCCUCGUCCACAAAUUUGCCCUCGUUGCCAUUUCCCUCACUGCCGCAGCAGCACAUGAUCAACAUUGCCAAUAUGCCGGCCGUGCUGCAACAAAAGCAUUUCACGCAGCAUUUGCAAAUGCAGCAACAACAACUACUGCAACAGCAAAAGAUUAACAUUUCCAAGGUAGGAGGACCUGCCGCACCAACUUUUGCCACUUUUCAAUCACAAUCUGGUGUUCUAAGCCAAGGACCACCUCCGCUCAUAUUUCCAUCAGCCUCUUCGGCGAUCAACAGCUCAACGAUAACUACCACCAUGCCCCAAUUGUCUUCACUGUCACAGCCCCAGUUCUCAACGUCAUCCAGCCUAGUGCCCACUUCCUUUAGUGUUAGCUCUUUGAGUGGAGGAGGCAGUGCAACAACGAAGCAAUUUGUGCUCUCCACAUCAAUGGCGGCAGCUUCGGCCACACCAACACUUGUGCCCACCAUCUUGGCUGCUGCCAGCAGUACAACCACCACAAGUACCACCACCUCCAUGGCCAUAACUUUUAACAGUAGUAGCUCUAUGGCCUCUGUCAACUUGGCAACGGCUUCAUCAUCAUCCGCGCCAUUGUCAGCCACAACAUCUCUGGCCUUACCACAAUUGGUGACUUCCAUACCCAUAGCUACUACAACACUGGUCAACUCAUCCGCCCAAGCAGCAGUUUUAGCCGUCGGCACCACAUCAACUUUGGCGCCCAUUAUGACCGCAUCAUCCUCGGCGCCAUCAGCUACGCUUAUGAACAAUGCCGUGGUUACGAAUUCCAUUUUAAAUGGUGGUGUUAAUAUUGUUGGUAAUCCCAUAAAUCAAAUUGCAACACUUGUUAAGACCGAGGAUAAGGUCGUCCCAUCAAAGGCAAAACUUGCUCGCCUCUCCUUAUUCUUGCAACAAUUGGAAGCUGAUCAACAAAAUGCUCUAAAACCGGACUACAAAAAUCCAUUCCAAAAUAAAGAGGAAGCUGUCAAACGUUUAAUCAGAUACCACUGCAUGUAUCAAACCGAUGAGGACAUACCCAGUGAGGAGGAGGAAGAAUUUGAGAAAACUGCCAUAAGAUUCCAGGAUAAGUUCCGCAAACUAUCUGGAAAGUUUCAACAAAUCUUAUUGCAAGAAUCAAUGCUACAACAUCGUACCUCUGAAAUAUGUCAAAUGGAAAAACUAAUGAUCGAUGAUCUUAGACAAGAAAUCGAAGAUUCAAAGAGAAUCGAACAGGAUAUUCUCAAAUUCGAGGAAAACUGUCACGACGAAGAAGAAAAAUGUGCAACGAAAGAAAAUAACUCCGCCGCCGAACAACAACAGCAACAGCAACAACAAAAAUCCGAACAACAACAAUCCAUUUUUGAUAAAAUCAAAAAUGAAAUAAAAACCGAAGAAACUCAAGAUUCCAAAUUGAAUUUGGAAAUGCAAUCGAACAAUGACAGCAAUUCGAAUUUCUGUAGUAAUAUACAGAACAACAAUACCACCUCCUCUUUGGAUUCCAUUAAGAAUGAAAUUAAAACGGAAUCCUUAGAGAACUCUUUAGUUUCGGCAGUGAGUGGUAAGAGUUGCAGCAGCUCCAUAGAUUCCUUUGAUUUGUUGAAACAACAAAGUCCAGGAUCCAAUGUAAAUAUGAUUAAGGAUAAGACGAAUGAAGGAGCCAAGGAGCUAAAGAAGGAGGAGCUAAGUAGUCAAUGGAGCCAUCAGGUUAGCAGUAGUUAUUAUGGCCAUCAUAUGACCAAUGCAAACACCACGAUGACCCACCAUACUAAACCCAGCAAUCAAUUAUUCAAUGGUGGCUUAAAGAAAUCCAACUCUGUCACAAAUGCCGCCCUAAACACCAACACCACCACCACCACCACAGUUGAGGAUAAAAAGGAUAAUUUUGAAAAUUUCGAUAUAGAAUCGGAGAUAACGCCUUCUUUUAUAAUGAAAAAAGUGGAACACAAAGAGCCAUCACAACAGCCACAGCAACAACCAACAGCAGCUCCAACGUCUCUGCAAGCAACUUCAACUACGGCUUCAACCACUGCUGUGGUCAACACACCACAAGCCACUAGUAAUGCUAGCAGCGGUAUUAGUUCUGCUAGGAAAUCCAAAGCCCCAAAAUUAAAUCAUGUUUUGGAAAGUGGUGCUUCAUUGGAAGUCGCCACACAGCCUAAUAAUAGCCAACAGCAAACUCAACAUCAGGCUCCCCAGAAUCCCUCUGGCAGUGGCGAAUCUGAAAUCCUAACCAAUAACUUUGAUUUCACUCAGCAUUUGCAGGCAAAUCAAGCUGCCAACAAACAACAACAACAAGAUGAUGAUUGGUUGUGCAUUCAAAAAGAAUUGAAUUUGAUGAAUUCCCAUGAUAAUGUCAAUCAGAAGAUCAACAGCACAGAUAAUGCCAGCAAGUCAUUAGAUUUUCUAACUCAGGAAUCUUCACAUGAUCUCUUUCCCACCAAUGGCGGUGGGGGAUGUAUGGGCAAAAGUCUAAGUCAACAACAACAAGAGCAGCAGUCGCAACAGCAACAACAACCACUUACUGGCUCUACGCUUCCUCCCAUCAGUUGUAGCCAACAAAAUCAACAGCCUGCCAGCGGCGGCUUGACUCUAAAUCAUGAGGACAGUGUUCAUCAGGCCGAGUUGAAUGAAUUCUUUAGUGGCUCUGAGGAUAGUGAGGUUCACAAGACUGUGGAGACUCGCCUAGAGUCCAUGUUUGGUGAGUCACCUGUACAUUUGUCUGGAUCCAAGGAUCACACAGAUUCUCCCUAUAAUUUGGAAAUUAUGUAUGGAGAAUCAGCCAAAUCGGCUUCGGCAAAACUGUUUGGUGAGUCACCAGUACAUCUCUCGGGGGGCAAGGAACGUGAAGACUCCCCCUAUAAUAUGGCCAUAUUAUUUGGAGAGUCGGACAAGUCUUCGGCCAAUGCUUGUACCACCAAAGGCAAGACAUCGGGCAAUUGGGAUACGGAUUUCACAACCCCCUCCUUUUUGUCCUCUACACAACAUCAGACCAGCUUUGCCAAUUCCUCAAGCUCUAAUAAUAAUAUGCCCCAUCACAUACAAUUGGGUUCGGCCAAUAAUCCACGUUGGAUGCAAAACAUGGAGGCUCAAUUUCCUGUUUUUCAAACCACCAAUACUAGCUCCUCAGCUAUGACGGAUUGCUUGGCCACUAGGAAACGUCAAUGGAAUGGUCAUUUAGUAGAUGAGCAGCAACAACAACAGCAGCCACAGCAUCAGGAUGAGGAAAGUCCCCAAAAGAAAAUGUGUGGUAAUCUUACCAAUGAUUCCUCGGCUUCCUCACAUUCGCCGCUCAACCCUCAACUGCAACAGCAGCAGCAGCAGCAGCAACAUCAAUCCCAAUCCCAGCAACAUCAUAAUUUAGUGCCAAACGAUACUUCUCAUGCUCAAGAUCUCAUGGAUGCAGCCUUGCUGUCACUGCAUGAUGGUUUGGGGGUGGAAACAAAUGCAGCGGUAACCAGCUCUCAGACCAAUGGCUAUUCGCACAUGGUAAUGACCCCCACAAAUUUCAAUAAUUUCAAUCAUUUGGACACACCCCAACAGCAUCAACAACAACAGCAGCAACAGAUGCAACAGAAUCAUUUUAUGAAUGUGGAUCAACAGCAGCAGCAACAACAUCAGCAACAUCAAAUGAUGCAACACAUGAAUCAUCAUGGUGGGGGUCAUCACCAAACUGCAGGCUCAGGAGAAUUUGAUGAUGAUAUCACCCGUCAUGUUCAAAAUGCCAUUGAUAGCAUUUUAAAUCUGCAAUCUUCUGAGCCAGACUCACUGUCGUUUUCUCUAGAUCACUCAAUGGGAGCCCUUUUGGACAAUACCAUGCUCCAUGAUAAUCAAACUGGCGCUGGCAACUCCAAUAAUCCUGCCAUUGUCAAUCAUGAGUCCUUGAAACGUCAACAAUUGGUCGAUGAACUAAGUGAUUGCCUAAUGGGCGGUGGUAAUUCAUCCACCGAUGCUUCCAAUCUCACCGAUAGUCAUUUGCUAAUGGACACUACCACAGCCCAUCGUCAGCAUCACCCACAGCAGCUUAUGCAAACGCAACAGCAGCAACACUCUAUGGCAAGUCAUCAACAGGUAACAACACAGUUAAGCGAUUUCAACUGUGUGGUGGGCGAUAAUGGCGAUGAACCCAUGAAGUCCAUAAUCACUUCGUGACAACAGCAGCAGCACUCAGCUACUAUAAAUCAAACGGCAACCACAUCGCCCACAUCCAGCCUGCAAAAUCAUACUUCACAUUCCCAUAUAGCUUUGCAAACAUCACAUCAUGUUGCAGCAGCAGCUGCUGUCUCAGCCAGCCGUCAUAUUUCUGCAUCGACUACAUCGACUUUGUCAAAUGUCAACAAUGGUUUGGCUAAUAAUAAUUUAAUAUUAGAAUUUAAUUCGGCAGCAUUAUGAGAGCUUAUACAUGUAAUACCACCAACAUUGGCAGUAUGAUUUUAAGAGACCCCCUCACCUGACCAUACCCCACUAAGUAAGGUAAUUUUGUUUGUAGGAUUCUCCAACAACAUAUCCAAUACUUGUGACUCAUGUGGCCUGAGUGGUAACAUUUUUAAACCAAAUUUUGAUGUUAGGUAAUUCGGUAAGGAUGUUAGAGUUGACCAGAGUUUCAAGUCGUUGUAAUCGAUCAAUGUCGUUAAAUUUAUCGAUUGGGCUGGAAAACUUUCUGUAUGACACAAGAGUUGACCUUUUCUAUAAGUACUAUAUGUACAGUGCAAAAUAUGAGUUGUCGAUGGUUAUCGUUAGUUAUCGAUGUAUAGUAUAGUAUACUACUUAUAAUAACAGCCUAUUAGUGGAAAUCUAAUAUUAAACAUACUAUAUACCGUGCAAUGAACGUAUUAUUACUGUAUAUUAUAGUAUAUGAUACUGUUAUCGAUUAAUAUCGAUAAUUAUUUCAACUUCACACUGGAAAUCUAUGAAAUAUAUAACGUCAUAUUGAGUGUUAAGUUAAUGGAAAACUUUAAUGGCUGUUGUUAUCGAUAACUAUCGUUACUUAUAUUAAAAAAAUCAUAAAGCUCCUUAAUCCUUUCCUGGUUCUAUUAAACGCAAGUCAAAAGUAGUAAAUGGAUUGACAAAUACCUAUUAAAUUAGCGACAGCUUACUCUGACUUAUGAUUGGUGUUAUCGAUAACUUUUAUUUACCUUUUAUUUUAAUGAUUUAUAGUGCUAAUCACAUGUUAUCGGAAAUCAUCGACUGUUAUCAAUAUUUCGCGCGAUAACGGCCAAUAUCACGGUCAUUUCAUUGAGUAAUACAAAAAUAAAAGAUACUAAACCUUCCAAUUGACAAAGUUGAACAUAAAUUUAGCCAAGACAACGAUAGCAUACCUUAGAUAGGUUUUAUGGUGUUGUUGUAGCCACAUAUUCAUGUGAAGAUGCCGAUCCUCGUCAAGCUUCUGCGUGAGCAAGAUAGGUAACCCUGGUUUACUAAAAAGUUACAGAACUUUCUGUGUGGCUUUCGAUAUUAUUUUACCAAGCACGUGUUAUCGGCUCUUAUCGUAUAUUGUAGCCUUGCAUCAGAAAUCUCUACAGAUCUUUUGACUUGUCGAGAUAAAACUAACAUAAAGCAAGGCGAUUAAAAAUGAGCUGUUUUUAAGGUUGUUGUAAUCGAUAACUGUCUUCAUAUUCAUAGAAAGAAUUACAAAAAUCCCUCCCAAGUUUGUGCGGCUAAUUUUCGAUAUAUUUCGCUAACAGCCGAUAUACAUACUUUUCAUUCAAAGUAAACCACUGCACUGUGAAUUAAAAUUGACAAAGUUACAUCAGAUUAAUGCGUCGAUUGUGGAUUGCAAUUGUAGGUAGCCAGGUGACAAACCACGAAGUAAAAAUUAGUAUUAAGUUGGAAAUUUAUGUCAAUUUCAUUUAAUACCAAUUGUUUCAAAGCUCUGCUACUAAGAAAUUUCUAAAAAGUACAUAAUUCAAUAAAAAAUAUAAAUUCCUGUAACAAAUUUUGCCGUUUGCAACGCCACUAAAGUUGGGUU